AUGCAACUGCCGUUGCGAGGGCAUCCGCCUCCCCGAUGCUCGCCAGAAGGUGAUUACAGUUAUGACCACACUCAUCACGAAGUCCUCCAAAAUACCCGGCGGCCGCUGGCCGAGUCUACAGGCAAUGCUCAAGCACACAAGACGGAAUCCUUGUCAUUGUGCCAAACAAGUCACCUGUCGCUGUCGCCAAUACUACACCCUAUGCCUACACCUCCAAUACUGCCAACACAAUCAAUAGCAUCAACGUAUGGCACCAGUUUUCGAACCAAUCGUACAUUACAGAGAAAUGUGUCAUUACGAGAGUCACCUAUGGCUCACUCGAGUCAGGGUCGGAACCCCAUAUACAAUAGAAAGUUCUUUGCCGACUAUAGAGCCAAGGUGGAACAGAAAUCAGCAGAGAAGGAGGAGCCAAAAUGGCCAAUGUGCCUCGAAGAUUCCUUCCUAGAUGGUGAGACCCCUGAUCCUGUCGCUUCUGUCCAAUUCCAGCCAACGACUUACCAAGCUACAGCCCUUUUGAUUAUCCCGUUCAUGGGCCGGAAAAAGGUCAGCUCCAAGGGGAAGCUAUAUGGCCGCAACAUGCUCAUAUCAGAAUACAUUUGGAUACGUUACUGGCUCAUGUUUCCUCCUCCAGAAGGUACCGAAUUGCCUACGGGAAAGAUGCGAGAGGAGUCUCCGUGGAAAGAUAUAUUUCGUACAAGGAAGCAAGGGUCUAGCCAUAUUCAAGUCCUGAAGGGUUACUUCAAGACACAUGUGUGCUUCCAUUUUUUCUUCCCCUGCCAGCAAGAUGAUAAAAGGAAAAAGAGUCGACAUUACGCCAAGGAAGAGGAGGUGGAAUCUUUCAAGAACAACACAGUAUUGAAUGCUUUGGCCGAGGGCCGUCUUCCAGAUGAACGGCCCAAUUAUGGCUACUUUGCUCAACUCAUGGCGGGCGACUCGGAAACAUUUGUGAUGCCAAAGGCAUGCUGGAUCUAUGUUUCGUCUUCAGAGGUCACACUCAGCCCAGACUGUAAGGAAGCAUAUGCACGCGACGGGACAGUCUUGCGCGCAGAUUCUCGCGCACCGGACGGGCAACACCUUGAGAAUGGAGGUGCAUAUCCCCAUCUUCUCCUCAACGGUAACAAGGAAACCCGAGCGGCGCUUCGCAGUGGCAGAGAUGAAGAAGCUCCAAAGUACAUUUUGCACGAGUACACAAAGAGUCUAACCCAGGUCGAAUCAAGCUCAAUCAAGGACAUUUCGAGGGAAUGGAAACAUGACUUUCCCGAAUUCUACGAUAAUCUGAUGGCCGCCAUGGAGGAUACGCACCCAUCACACGAACGCACAUCUCGCUGCGUCGUCGGGCCAUGUGAUACCUUCCACUUUGAGGUAGUACUGGGUCUACAUUCCACCAGCCGCUUCCCCUCUGGUACACAUCUAGAGGGCUCGGUGCAACUACAAAUCUGUCGGCCCGAGCUGGCAAACCACCGCUGGCGCUCCGUGACCAGCGUCUCAAAGCCCGAGGAGUUGGAGCACGAUGCCAAUGAGGCGCCCUUCUGGAAUUGCCAGAACGCGUGCGAGCUCGUCGGCCGACAAAAAGACGUGAUUGAGGUUCCCUUUCCCGCCACGAGUUGGGCGAGCACCUUUAUCAUGCUGUCCAAGUACGUCACGGCAGAGCGCGAGCGUGCAGAACGAGACCGCAAGGAGCGUCGAUCCAAAGUCAAGACGGAAGAGCAAGGUGGUGACAAUGUUGAGGAGAAGCAAAGUGGCGGAGGCAAGAAAGCCUCUACCAAGAUGCCCACGCCCAUGGAGCUACUCGAGCAAGUGGCCAUGUACCAGGAGAUCUGGUCGGCGCCCGACGACGGGUCCGAGAAGCCCGCGUGGACGCGGCGAGCCAUUAUCCUCUGGACGUUUGCCAAGGAGACCCGGACGGUCAACUCCAAGGGCAAGAACACGGGGCAGCCGGCGGGAACCAACUGGCGCUUCCUCACCAAGGUUGACCCGCUGUCGCCGUACCACCGACAGCGCACCCUCGUCAGCGGCCCCCCGCUCACUGUCUCGCGCGACGCCGUCAUGUCCCCCAACCCGGCUUAUGCCAACCACUACGCCACGGCCACCAUGCACGAGAAUUUCAACACGGCCGCGUACCAUGACUCUGAGCCGUCCAUGACGGCAGCAACACAUGGCAGCGGCAACGACAUUCACUUCCCAGGCCACUCGUUGCACUCAUACCCGUCCUCACUUGGUCUACUAGACAGUUUCUCUUGCUCCUCGGGCGGCGGCCUCGCCACUCCUCCGCCGUCAACCUCGUUGUCGUCGUCUGGCUACGCCCACAGCUUUGACGGCGCCACUAUUGCCAGCACCGACAGCCUGCACCACCACGUGAGCUUUUUGUCGGACGGUUCGGGAACGACGGCGGAUAGCCAGAGUACACUCGUCGGCGGUAGUGGGACCAACGAGCAUCAUGACGCUGCCUUCCUGACCAACCUUGGAGUUGCUGGUGCCUAUGAUGAGGACCCGAGCUUGAUCCAGCCGUGGACGAGCACAUCGACGGGCGGCCUCGAGGCCCUCGAACAGUGGGCCACCACUUAUGUCGAUGGCCACCACCACCACCACCAACCCGCCAUGGCGUGGACAGGACAUGCCACCGCGAGUACGGCUGGAGGAAUGGAAGUUACCAACAAUGUCGCUUCCAAUGACGCCACGCCCUGGGGCGAUGGCAAAGAUACUCUAUGGGGCUCGAACCAUACUGCCUCUGAGACAGGUACGGCCGCCGCCACGGAUCCCGUCUUGAUGGCGCCCCCGAACCAACAACACCAUGAUGAUGUCUGGGCCACGGCCUCUUCGCACGACUGGCUACAGUCCAUUGCGGCGACGGCGGACGCGACCCGUCACCACCACCACCACGCUGACGACGAGAACAGCGCUUGGGAUCACCAUACCCAAGAGAUCCUGGGUCUGUCUCCAUCAAUAGCGGCGGCGGUCUCGUCCGAGCUUCAAACCACCGCACUCUACUCAUCAUCAUCAGCCGCGGCACCACCCCCGACGAGCCAUGGUAUCCACCAAGUAUCUCCAGAACCGGGACUACUCCACCAUCAUGCACACCUUGGCAGCAACAAUGGCAGCGGCACCGGCAGCAGCAGCCGGAAGCGCGCAAGGGCCGAGGAAGAUGAUGACGAGGGCGACGGUAAUAAUGAGGGAUAUCCAUGCUCGUCGAUUCGUAAGCUGGCGCAUGACGGCGACGAUGAUGAUGUCGCGACCGACGGCGGCUUGAGGGUGCCUGCGGCCAACAUGCUCGAGGACGACGAGCAUGCUUCACUAUUUGAGCUCUAA